AUGUGUGUGCUGUGGCAUGCGUCCACCCACCGUGUAUCUGUCCCAGUCCUGAACGAGGAAGCCAGCAUGGAUAUCAUCAUGGUGGACUCCAGCGAGCCGUCCCCCCCAGCCCUGCCGGAGCCCCACAGAGAUCUCAUCCCCUACGAGGUCCAGGACAACGGCAGGGACAUAGAAGACCUGUGCAUCUGCUGCGGGAGCACCCAGGUGUACACGCAGCACCCUCUGUUCGAAGGGGGCAUGUGCGCCCAGUGCAAGGACAAGUACUUGGACAGCCUGUUCCUGUACGAUGACGAUGGCCACCAGUCCUACUGCUCCAUCUGCGGCUCUGGGGACAUCCUGCUCCUGUGCGAGAGCCCAGACUGCACCCGGUGCUACUGCUUCGAGUGUGUGGAUGCCCUGGUGGGCCCCGGGACGUCAGAGAAGGUGCAGGCCAUGAGCAGGUGGGCCUGCUUCCUCUGCCUGCCCUUCCCCCACAGCGGACUGCUUCGGCGGCGUAACAAGUGGCGGGCUCGUCUGAAGGCCUUCUACGACCGGGAGUCGGCAAAGCCGCAGGAGAUGUUCAAGAUCGUGCCGGUCUGGAGGCGGCGGCCCCUGCGGGCGCUAUGCCUCUUCGGGGACAUCGGGCCCGAGCUGGCAAGUCUAGGCUUUCUGUGGGAAGACGCUGGCCCGGGGCAGCUGAAGCAUGUGGAGGACGUCACGGACAUCGUGAGGAAGGACGUGAAAGCCUGGGGCUCCUUCGACCUCGUGUACGGCUCAACGCCCCCCCUCGGCCAGGCCCAUAACCACUCGCCUUGCUGGUACCUGUUCCAGUUCCACCGGCUGCUGCAGUACGUGCAGCCCGCGCCCGGCAGCACCCUGCCCUUCUUCUGGAUGUUCGCGGACCACCUGCUGCUGCGCCCAGACAACCAGGACAUCGCCACCCGCUUCCUGGAGACUGACCCAGUGACCGUCCAGGGCGUGUGCGACAGAACCAUUCGAAAUGCUGUGCGGGUGUGGAGCAACGUUCCGGCAGUGGGAAGCAGGCACACGGAGCUGGAGCCCGAGCAGGAGGCGGCACUCCUGGCGCAAGGCGGGCAGUGGGCACGGGGGCCACUGCAGGGAGCAACGCGGCUGUUACGGGGCUGCUUCCUGCCCCUGCGAGAGUACUUCCAGUACUCCUCCUCCUGCCCCUGA